AUGGCCGAAAUCCAGUACCCCAAGGACAUGUCCGAGAAGGACCAGACGCCUCUCGAGGUGGGCCAAGGUAUUGAACUCGAGAAUGUCGAGAAAGGGCGCUGGGAACGCAGCUGGCCCACUAUUGCAUGUGGUGCGGGUUUAUUCUCCGAUGGAUACCUCAACCAGAUUAUUGGUCCUGUCGGAACCAUGCUGCAGAAAAUCUAUGGAGAUGCUUACACCAACUCCUCGGCUCAGCAGAAUGUCUCUUCCAUUGUGUUCGCGGGUACCGUGGUAGGAAUGUUGCUCUUUGGCUACACCAGUGACCACUGGUCGCGCAAAUGGUCUCUGAUGAUCUCGACCAUCAUUCUUUUCAUCUUUGCGGCGCUGGGCGCUGGUUCGUACGGUGCCGGUGGAAGCAUUGGUGGCAUGCUCGCUGCUUUGACGGCAUACCGUUUCUUCCUCGGCAUUGGAAUUGGUGGCGAGUAUCCAGCUGGAUCAGUGGGCGCUGCUGAGAACACCGGAGAACUCAAGGCUGGACAUCGCAACCGCUGGUUCAUCAUGUUCACCAACUUCCAGAUUGACUUUGGAUUUGUCGUUGCUGCGCUGGUAUCCAUGAUCCUAGUCCUGAUUUUCACUGAGGACCACUUGCGCGCUUGCUGGCGUGUUGCCCUGGGACUGGGUGUCAUCCCUCCUCUGAGCUUGAUGUAUCUUCGAUUGAAGAUGAACGAACCGGAGGAGUUUAAUCGGGAGCGCAUGCACAAGUUCCCGAUCUGGCUAAUUAUCAAAUUUUAUUGGAAGCGCUUGACUGUCGUUUCUGUCAUCUGGUUCCUCUACGACUUCUCUGCCUACAGCUUUUCGAUUUACUCCUCGGCCUGGUUGAGUAUCAUUCUUGGCGACAAUGCGCCGCUGUGGAAAAGCUUUGGCUGGUCCACUGUCGUCAACCUUUUCUAUAUCCCAGGCUCUGCCCUUGGAGCCUUCAUGAGUGACUGGAUUGGCCCUCGAUACACGCUCGCCCUUGGUGUCGGCCUCCAAGGUGUCAUUGGAUUCAUCAUGGCAGGAUGUUACAAGUGGCUCGCGACGCCAGAGAACGUUGCAGGCUUUGUAGUUGUAUUCGGUAUCUUCUCUGCCCUCGGUGAGAUGGGACCCGGCGACAACAUCGGUUUGUGUGCCGCCAAGACCAGCGCAACUGCCAUCCGUGGUCAGUACUACUCCUACGCCGCCGCAUUCGGCAAGAUCGGAGCCUUCGUGGGCACCUACGUGAUCCCCAUUAUUCAAAAGAACGCCCCCAACGCCGUCCGCAAGGGCCAAGAUCCCUUCUGGGUCUCCAGCUCCCUUUGUCUCCUGGCAGCAUUCAUGGCCAUUUUCAUGAUGCCGCAAAUCAACCAGGACACCAUUACCCACGAAGAUGCCCGAUUCCGCGACUACCUCGAAGCCAACGGCUACGACACCACCACCAUGGGCAACCAAGAUCGCCAGGCCCGCGCCCAAGAGUAA